UCCCCUCAAAAUAUGCAAGAGAACUUUUAACACACAAUUUAGAUAAUUAAUCGCCUACACGCCGCUUAGCGGGGACUUAACGCAGGUACUCCCGAGAAGGUGAAACGCCUUGUAGGUGGAGAAAUGUCGCAUUUAUUAGGGCCAUUCGCAACAUCACUGACAACCGCGCAAUCGGUUCCAAUACACCGAUUAGGCAGGUAUUUCCUGGCCCCUAUAUAACCAACGAAAUCUGCAACUGAUACCAAUUAAGCAUGUCUGUGUUCAUUUCUGGAGCCUCUGGGUUCAUUGCGCAGCAUAUCAUCAAGCAAUUGCUCUCCAAGGGUUAUCAAGUCGUUGGAACUGUUCGUUCCGCAGCCAAGGGGCAACGAUUACAGGAGAACUUCGGUCCUAGCUUCCAAUAUGAAAUUGUGCCUGAUAUCACGGCAACUGGUGCUUUUGACGAAGCAUUGAAGAAACACCUGGACUCCGUGAAGUAUGUUCUACACACUGCGUCGCCCUUUUUCUACAACACCACCCAGCCAGAGAGGGAUCUCAUCAUUCCUGCCAUCCAAGGAACCAAGAACAUCCUAGGCUCAAUCACCCAGUAUGCUCCAAAAGUAUCGAAAGUGGUCAUCACCUCGUCCGAUGCUGCCAUUUAUUCGGCAGAAGACGAACAGAACUCAGCGUUGUCCUUCGAUGAGACCAGCUGGAAUAACAUAUCCUAUGCUGAUGCCUGCAAGGAUCCGAUCUAUGCUUACUACGGAGCCAAGUCGUUUGCAGAAAAGUUGGCGUGGGAGUUCUUGAAAGUCGAAGUUCCUGAUUUUGACUUGGUUGCCAUCAAUCCCGUUUAUGUGUUUGGACCCCAAGCUUUCGAUAGUGAAGUGAAAAAGGAGCUUAACACCUCGAAUGAGUACAUCUAUUCAUUGAUAAAAAACGGGCCACAUGCCUCGUUUGACAAUGCAAAAGGAAGCUAUGUUGACGUCAGGGACGUUGCAAGAGCUCAUGUCGCAGCACUCGACGAUGAAAAGCUCGUGGGGAAGAGAUUGUUCCUUACAAAUGGUCAAUUCAGUAUUCAAAUGAUCUUGGAUACCUUGCGUGAAAAAUUUCCACAAUUAGCCUCCCAACUCCCGGAGGGAACCCCUGGCUCGGGUCCUGAGGAUAUCAAGAGUUUAGCAAAGAGCUCAAACGAGGCAACCAGGAAGUUAUUGGGUUUUGAAUUCAGGAAUUUAGACACCAUCGUUGAGGAUACAAUUGAGCAAAUUUUGCGUGUCAACCCACAAUAAAGGGUUCGGGAGUUAAAGUCUAUUUUGGUGGUUAGAGUCUAAUACACAUCUAGUCAAGAGGAAACACCCAAAUUGGAGGA